AAGCUGGUCCGGGAGGAGGAGGAGGAGGAGGAUGCUCCGGCUGCGGUGCAAGGCCCGGAGCGGCUCCCACCCCCUGCCCGGGCUCACGGCGCACUCCCGGCUCCGGGACAUGCAGGCGGCGCUGGCCGCGCUCACCGGUGUACCGGCCUCGGAACAACGGCUGCUGCUCGGCUUCCCCCCGCGGAGCCUGGACCUCAGUGACGGCGAGCGGCGGCUCGGAGAGCUCGGCAUCCACUCGGGUGAUACACUGAUCGUUGAAGAGGAUACGUCCAAAGCCAAGACUGACUCGCCUGUGGUUGCAAAAAGAACCAUGUCUAACUCGGUCAGGGAAGCUGUGCCUGUGCUUGCCAGGAGGGUUGUGCCAGCAGAUAACUCCUGUCUCUUCACCAGUGUGUACUAUGUGGUAGAAGGAGGCGUCUACGACCCAGGCUGUGCUCCAGAGAUGCGCAGCCUCAUAGCCCAGAUAGUAGCAAGCGAUCCGGAAUCAUACUGUGAGGCAGUUCUAGGGAAAACCAACAGGGAGUAUUGUGACUGGAUCAGGAGGGAAGAGACAUGGGGAGGAGCCAUCGAAGUGUCCAUUUUAUCCAAGUUCUACCAGUGUGAAAUCUGUGUGGUGGACACACAGACGGUCAGGAUUGACCGCUUUGGGGAAGAUGCUGGUUACACUAAGCGGGUCCUUUUAAUAUAUGAUGGGAUUCAUUACGAUCCACUUGAGCGUAAAAUCCCAGACUCGGACAUUCCUCCCCAGACCAUCUUCUCCACAAGUGAUGAUAUUGUCCUUGCACAAGCUUUGGAGUUGGCAGAUGAAGCCAGGCGGAAGAGGCAGUUCACGGACGUGAAUCACUUCACACUGAGGUGCAUGGUGUGCCAGAAGGGACUCACAGGACAAGUGGAAGCCAGAGAACACGCCAAGGAGACCGGACACACCAACUUUGGGGAAGUGUGACAUCUGCAUGAGGAUGGUUACAUCGACUACCUCAUCGGUCCAGAAUAAACUUCUGGAUUCCCAGAUAAGCUGUAUGUAAUCCUACAAUUCCGUUCACAGAGCUUGAAAAGCAAAUUAACUUAAUGAUGGCCAGGAUGCACAGGUUUGUUAUGGCUAGGGAUUUAACCCAAGGGAGUUGAAGUAGGUAUCUUCUCGCAUGCUAAUUUCUAGUGCUUUGGCAGGUGGUAUACACUGGCAGCUAGAACUUGAUUCCUGAAAGAGUCUUUGUGUGUGUGAACUGAGCAGACGUAUUAAAUCAGGUUCAUUCAACACUAGCAUAAAAUCUAGCCUUUAAAUUGCUGACUUAAUCUCUCUGUAUCAUGUUUUCAGGGUAAUUAAAUUAAGGGUUUGGGAAACAUGCAGAUCAGCAUUCUUGAUGCUAAAGUUUAGACUCUGCACAUGCAAGCAGUUCUUGCAGGGGAAACUGCUCAUUUGGUGCACACUUAGGAAUGGAAAGACUAUCUCCAAAGCUGCCCUGUACUAUGUUACCAUCAGAAGUAGACUGUAUUGUGUGUUUGAAGUCAUGGCUUUAGAGAAAGAAAUGGCCUCUAAGCUUUAAGGUAGCCUUCUUUAAAUUAAUAAGUAGAUGGUUAAGUGUUGAAUAAACUUACUAAUCCUCUGUAGGUAGUUUUUAGUUGCUUGGAAAAUAACUAUCAACCCCUGGUGUUUACACUGCAUCAGAACAUAGGCAUGUUUCUUGAAAUAGUUUGGACUCUUAUUCACAAUAGUAUCUGAAAUCCUGGCAAGAAGGAAAUAGAGUAGUUAGGGAAGUGACUCAGUUUGUUACAUCCAUUGAAGCAGAUUUGGGUAUAGCUCAUGGCCACAGUGUUGCUAAGCUGUACCAGAUUCCGAACACUGUAAAAGAGCACUUUAAGGUAUAGUUCUCACUCCUUCCUGCUGAAAAGUUUUGCCUUUUUAGACGGACAGAGAACCCAGAAGGGAGGCUUGAAGUUUCUUCAUCUGCAUUCUGCCUUAACGUGUUUGAUUUGUCACCGAUGACUCUUCAGUGGUGAGACUUUAAUCCUGAUAAUGAAGGGUGCAGUUUAACUUCCACAACAAAAUAAGCUAUGGAAACUGCCCUACUUCUACUGUUCACAAUCAGGGAAGUUGAAACUGGUUGAAUCUGUCUUGCCUCACAGCAGUUGUGAGUGCUGUUGAGGUCUUUUAAAAGGUGCUGUAAAGGUGCAUAUUACUGAAGGGGAUUUUGGUUUUUCCUUGAAAUGCCUACAACACAUACUUGUUUUAAUGAAUUUUAGAAUAUCCUUAACCUGCUCUUCUUCUGUUGCUGUUUUAAGUUACCUUCCUUGCACUUUUACGAAUGGGGAGCAAGAACCUGCAUCUUCAGACUGAGGCAAAAAUAAAUCCACUUUCCAAAGUGGAACUUAAGAUCUAGUUUAACCUAAACUGGUGCAGCAAAACCGUGUUUAUAGAAGGCACGUUUCACUGAAGUUCUCAGCAGAGGCUCCCAGUUGGACCUUGAAGUACAGGAGGGUUUUAUCAAAGAAGGAACGUAAUUACAAGUGCUUUGCUGAAUUAGGGUGUGAAUAAUUAAGUAUAAAGGACAGAAUCACUAUGGACCAGGUUUCUUUUUAAUUCAGUAUUCAAAUACAUGUUAGCACUGUUGGGAGUUUCCUAUAGAAAGCGACUUAGCUUCCAGUGUUAAACUUCACUUGGCUUUUAGUCUGUUAUAGGAAAAACAAAACCAAACCAAACCCCCAACAUUAAAACCAGUUCUCUAGAAGCUGAUGCUUACAAACCUAAGGAAAUACCUGACAGUUCAAAGGAACUUGAAGAUUACACUGUGUUAUAACUACUUGAGAUGAAAUACUGUCUAGGAAUGAGACCAAGAGACUGUCAGUCCUCAGUUGUAUUCUCAGCUUUCACAUGGAAGCAGAGAGACGCCUUGAAUAAGGAGCUGAGCCUCACCAUUGCCAUCUGUAAAAUGAACAUAAAACCUACCUCAGAGAGGUGUUCCUGGCUUGGGUGGCUUUGAACCAGAAGUGGAAGAUACAUAUUUAUUGCCUGCCAUGUAUGCAAAUGCAUAUUGGCUUUGGGGAGCAACACUUACGUUUUAGCUUUGUGUCCUGGAUGGAUUUCUGCAAACAUGGAAGAGGAUUUUUCUUCGGGGUGUUUCUCAGUUGCAGUAGUUUGAAGAUGAGGGUUAUUUCAUCCGGAGCGUUGAGCUUUGCUAUGUCAUGUUUGCAUUGGAAAUCUGCUCCCAGAGACCGAGUUCCACUCAAGGGAGAUGUGUCAAUAUCACUGCUUGGAUGUUUUCUUUUGUUGCCUAGAAAAUAAAAUCUCUUUGGUUUAAAAAAUGUCCACUGA